CAGCCAAGUAAUGAUGUCUAUUACAGCAACUUCGCUCGAGGUUCCUGUUCAAGCUUUUCACUGUCUUUUGCUCUGAAAAUUCUUGCCACUCGAAAACCUCAACAACCCUCCUACCCUUAUCAUCAUGAGCGGCCAGGGAAGACGACGCAGUGCACUCCCUUUGCAACGACAAGAAGUAGCUUCCACUUCAGCACAAACCCUUGCAGCUAUUCAAGAUGCUUCGGAAGCGGGUAGCAAGUUAGGGAACAGUAAAUGCACUACAGCGCAAUAUGAAUAUAGAAAAAGAGUCUUCAAACAGUGGACCGCAGAUAACCAGAUAGAAACAGGGGAACAAGUCAAUGGGGCCGUCCUUCUCCAUUUCAUGUGGGACUAUGUCUUCACUCGUCCCAAGAAUUCUCGAACGAAAGGAUUCACUAGCCAGGCUCCUUCUACCACAAGCGUCAUUUCCUUACCAAUACUUCCUAAUUCGAAUUCAUCGCAACACAGUGCUCAUUCAAGUAACUCCAAUGUCUCUCGUCUUCGCAAUGGGUCUCUUGCCGGUCGCGUAUGCUUUGGGCCGGAAUCCGUCAGAGAAAACGGAACACCUUCUACCGAACUGGCCGGCCUGGUCGAAUUGGAGGAAGAAGAUAUCGAUGACAGCGAUGAUGAGAGCAGCGAUAACGAUAGGGAAAUGGAGGAUGAUGGCGUCGAAACGAGUGUCAGGUCUAUCAGAGACGGACCAGAUUUGGCAGCCUAUUUACAAGUCACAGUUAAUGACAACAGUUCAGAUGAAGAUGAGGAGGAUGAAAACGAGGUCCCUGAAGGUUUGAUGCGAGAUGUUAACGAUAGGAUAAUACCCAUUGGCGCUGAUAUGUCGAAGAAGAAAAGAAACAGUGCAGCGAAGAAAAGCGCUGUCCAGGGGAAAAACAGGUCGAAUAUGGAUGAGACAUUGCAAAAGAAGGGAGAGAAGAGGAGGACGGCAGAGAAAAGAAGGUUGCAGCCAGAUCCCAGUCUUACUCAAGUCGAGUUGGAUGAGACGCUCAAUAACGUUGUUGAAAAACAUGGUAAUCUUUCGGCUGCGACAACGAGGGAAGAGAGGAUCCAGCUUGGACUUGAAAGGAUUCGAAACUGCCAGCUAUCACCUGCGGCUGUCAAAACUUGGUACUACGCAAUCGUUAGUCUUUGGACGGAACAGUCUGUAACAAACUCUGGUACCGGGCACCCUUGGACAAAGCAAUGGCACAAUCUUUUUACUGCUCUACACAGGGUGACAGAGCAGCGACGCAAAGAGAAGCAUGUCGACAAAAUGAUGGACACGAUCUUCGAAGGGUACCAGACUAGGAAUGAAAUCCAGCGAAGUUAUGGAUACUAUUUCCAAAAAGGAACCCCGGAAGCUCUUCGCGACAUGGUUUCUCAGAGCUUUGGCCUCUAUAACCUCUUUCGGGGGGAUAGCCAAAAGAUGGUGACGCUUUCCGAACUCGCGGCUCUGGUGCUGGAGGAAGAGGGGCCAACCAAAUGUGUGGCCAUUGUGGCGGUUUCUAGGGCGGGCAAGCGGAAUACGAAGGGAUUAGCGCAGUAUGGUGCAAUGCUGCGAGCCAAAGACGUGUUCGCUUGUCCUGUCUGGGCUCUUUCCGCAUGGCUCUUCGUCCGGUUUAACAUCCUCCCGAAUCGCCCUCCCUCUUCUCAAUCCUCUUUCCCCUCCUUCGCAGAGAGAAAAGAUUGGUACGACCUCCCCCUGCUGAGCCAAGUUAGAGAUCCGACAAAACCGAUCUCUUACAAAACUCAGCAGGAAGCCAUGAUCAAUGCCCUCCUGGCUGCCGGUGUUUUUCCGUCCAAGUCGACUCAUGAAAACCGGAGGACAGGGGCGCGUUUGGCGGAGAAGGGGGAGUUGUCCAUAGACGACAUCGCAAGGGCGGGAGGAUGGGCGACGGUGACCUUGGAGACCACGUAUUUAUCUGCAUUCCCUCGCAAGAGCAUGCGGGUGAUUGCUGGUCAUCCUAAAAAGAAGGGCUUUUUUGUUUUGCCCCGGGCUGUCGUCGUCCCAGACACUCUGAAGGGUCAGGUGUUUCCAGAAAUAAAAAAAUGGAAGACCUACCUCCAACAAAAAAAUGAAGAGCUUGCGGAUGGAGCAGAUGCGGCAGGACAGAAGAGGAAGAGAGGGCCCAAAAAAAUGAGUGGCCGCCACGACUUCACAGCGGAGAUGCUUCUUCAGCUGUUGGAACAUUUGGCAGAAUCUUUUCUUCAGGAUGCCGUCCACUGGAAGGCUAGAUACCCUGACCACUUUAUUUGGCGACAUCCUCUUUUCCAAUCCCCCGAAUGGCUCGAGUUCGAGCAGUAUGCUCGCCGGCAAACCGCCCUGGCCGAGGAAGAUCUGGUGGCUCUACCCCCAUCCAUCAAACAAGCCAUGCCUGAGCUGCUGCAGGGCUUUCAGAUGCUUCCCAGUAAUCAACAGCAAUUUCAAACACAGUUGGAUGCUUCAUUCAAUCGUCUGAGAGAGGAAGUAGUGGACAGUAUCAGGAACGGGUUUGGCGACAUUUCAAAGACUCUGUCAGCCAUGGAGUCUCGAAACGUUAGUGCCAUGCAAGAGUCGGAGGCUCGCAGCCGAGUAGAGAUGGCGCGAAUGUUGCAGAGGGUUUUUGGUGCUGCAGCUCAAUCCGCCGGAACAACAGCUCACUUUUAUGCCUCACAGCUGUCUUCUCCAGUUCCGCCUUCGUCUAUGCCUCAAACGUCUUUGUCGUCUGCCCCUGAAGCUUCUGCCUCAUCUACAUCCGAGCCUGGUCCACCUGUAAUGCCUUCUGCUUCCUUCUCCAUGUCGCCUGCUUCCUUCUCCCCACCGCCUACCACAUUCGCCGUACCCUCAUUCUGUGUACCACCCAUGGGAGCCAUGCCAUCCAUCCCGUCUACCUCCUAUUCUCUCCCGGCACCUUGCUCUAAUUUACCUCGGUUGGGAUCUUCAUGCUCUUCGUCCGGCACAGUCAACAAAGUCCUAGUGAUGUCGAAAGACGUCAAAACCGUCACUGAAUUAUGGAAAGAGUAUGACCAGGGUCUUCCGAACUCGUACCCUUUACGAUAUAUCGAGACAGGGCAAUAUACCUUCCAAGAUGACCCGUCUGCAAGUAGCUCCAAAAAUCGGAAGUUCUUCCAGCGAAGGCUGCCGAUAAUUCAAUUCAUCAAAGAGCUGCACCGGACGAGAGGUUGGUCUUGUGAAGAGGCUGCGGAGCGUUUGGAAGAGUACCGGAGUAGGGAGGUCAUUGGUCUACAAAAGCUGGGAGAAAGGAUCAAACAGAAGACAGACGCCGAAAGAACCCAAAUGCUCUAGUGAUUAUAUCUUCACGAAUCACCGUCGAUCAAUGCUUGUCACCACCACACUCUUUCUAUGCCCAACGGCUUGACAAGUCUUCGCCAUCACUGGUAUUGUCAUCCACUCAUACCACCGCCAAUCAUAUCACCUUCCAUCAUUGGAUCGAAUUCGUAUCAUCCUCCAGCAUUGGUCUGCGACCUCAUCAGCCUUCAAUAUCAUCUUCCGUCAGCAUUUCAAUUUAUCUUCACGCUACAACGGAUCAUCAGGCUGUGUUCCUGUUUCUGCUUCUGUUUCUGCCCUGUUUCGGCUCUCCCCACUUCUUUCAGUCUUCGUUAUUUAUAGUAUCUGGUCUUUGUAUGUUCCACAUUAUGGGAUAUGGUUGUAUAAUCAUGUUUACCCAAGAUUGGAGCUAAAUUAGAGUUGGAAAGUCGGUUGUGUGUUCGUGUAUCCUUUUUCCUGUUGUAUCUGCGUUG